AUGGCGUCGAACGACGCGACGAGCGCUGAGGCACCGGUUAACGGUAGCAUCAAGCCGAGGAUGCGCGUCGAGUUCGCCGAGACUCCCAUCAGCGAAGAGGAUCUAGCUCUGAAGUUGGACGAGAAGUACCCAUUUACUCGCCAACAGAGCGACGUUGCCGUAGUAUCAUCCCGUUACAUAUCCAGCCAGAAGAGCCAGUCGAUGGUCGGCCUGUCAUUGUACGAGGAUGACGCGUCGUCGAUGCCGACGAUGGCCGGCUACCUGCGCUCGUUCACUCAUCCCGGUCCAGACGAAAAGGAGCCGCGCCAGGGAGCAAAACUGGGUACUUUGAUCGGCGUCUACCUGCCCACCAUUCAGCACAUCCUCGGAGUGCAGAUGUUCCUCAGGUUGUUCUGGAUAGUCGGCAUUAGCGGUGUCACCGAAUCAUUCGGCAUGGUUUUUUUGUGCUGUCUCUGCACUUUUCUGACCAGCAUAUCAAUUUCGGCCAUAGCCACGAACGGCGUCAUCGAAAGUGGUGGAGCUUAUUUCCUGAUCUCUCGAAACCUUGGACCGGAAUUUGGAGGUGCUGUCGGCAUCUUGUACUAUUUUGCUAACGCCGUUGGUGCUUCUAUGUAUCUCAUCGGUGGCGUCGAGAUUCUACUGAUGUACAUGGCACCGAGCAUGCAGUUGUUUGGCACUCCGGGCCACAUGACUGAGCAGCAGAUGUUCAAUAACUUCAGGGCGUAUGGCUCUAUGUUUCUGGUGAUCGAAUUCAUCAUCGUCGCCAUGGGUGUCAGGUUCGUGCAGUUCUUCGCCCCGAUAUCGCUUGCAUGCGUUGUGAUUUCGAUAUUCGCCGUUUACAUUGGAGCCAUUACUGCCAGUCCUGCCACUAGUCCUGUGAUCUGCAUGCUCGGCGAUCGUCUGUUGAGGCCGUCCGCGUACCUCGGCAUCAACGGCAGCGUGCACUGCGACAAAGCCAUCAACGGCACGCUGUGGUCCCUGUUUUGUAUGUACAACAAUCUAACGGGUGAAACGCACUGUGAUCCGUACUUCGAUGAUCACGAGGCCAUGUAUGUGCCCGGUAUUCCCGGAUUCGCCAGCGGUGUCAUAAAUGACAACGCUUGGUCAUCGUAUAUGCGUCGCGGUGAUGUCACUCCUAAUGUUGCUGGCGACACUCGAUCAGAAGUGGUGCAGGACAUGUCUACCAACUUCUUCAUGCUCCUAGCCAUCUUCUAUCCAUCGGUCACCGGCAUUUUUACUGGCGCCAAUAUGUCAGGUAUCGUUCAGUUUAAUUCUGUCAUGAUCCUCAGUACAAUCUGA